UUUUGUGAAAAACAAACACUCCCCCUCCCCUCCCCCCCGUUCCGGUACAAUAUUUUGUACACUAACGUACUAAAAAAAUAAGAGGAAAAAGAGGGUCCCGUUCCGAGUUCUUUAUUUUCUUCUCUCAAACCCGACGAACUGUACAGCUAGAACCGUACACGCCGAGCCCCAUUUGCUCACAGAAUUUCUCUUAUAAUUAAGCCAGACACCCUUGCGGCAACGUUGCUUUCUCUCUACUUCAAAUGGUUGAUGACAAAUCUCUGUGCGCGGAAAUGAGAUAAGAGGGAGAGAGAGAGUUAAACAACACAGAAAACGGAGGAAACCCAUGCAGAUUGACCGCCAUUGAAGGACCUUAUUAUUGUUUACACGAACAAACACACUUUACUUUCCGCAAACAAACAAAAGAAACGACCAUCUUUAUCUGUCUUCACUACCCUAAAUUUUCCCACUUUGUUUUCACUAACUGUGAAGAACUCGAGUAGGGGUUUGAGUUUUUUUUUUUUUUUUUUUUUUGUCUUUUCUAAUUGUUGGUCGAAAUUGGCGCUGCUCCAGGUGAAUUUCGAUUGAGUUAACCGAGUGGGUGCGAUUUUUUCUUGCUAAAUCGAAGUGGGUUUGGUCCAUUUUAGCUCGAUUUGGUGCCGUCUAUGGACCUAAUUGGAGGAAUCAUUGCUAGAUCCAGCCCCAGGGAACCCGAACCAGAUGAGACUGUGCUUGAUUCCUUGCAAUUCAACGAAGAGAUACACCGAAUGAUGGCCGCACCGCCUGAGAAUGGAAGUUCCUUUACGGCGCUUCUCGAGUUGCCGGCGACACAGGCCAUGGAGCUUCUCCACUCGUCCGAUUCUGGAAACUCUCCGGCGCCACGUGCCGGAGACGACGAUCUCAAACAUAGCUUUCAAUCAUUCGAUGGGACCAUGAAUUUCCCUUCCAAUACUGCUCUCAUCGAGCGCGCGGCGAGGUUCUCGCUCUUCGCUGGAGAGCACAUCAGCAACAACUCCCCGGAAACGAGCUCGGUUCCGUCUAACUCCAGCGGGAAUCUGGAGAGAGUUAAGAGCGAGCCCGCGGAGACCGAGUCUUCACAGCCGUUGGUUUCUGAUCCCGCGGCGGAGAACCAGAGCCACAACCAGAACCAGAGGUCGGCGGUGAAGAGGAAAGAGCGAGAAAAGAAAGUGGCCAAAGGCUCAGCGAAGAAGACCAAAAGUGCUGCAAACGACAGCUCUGAAGAUGCUGAGAAACUCCCUUACGUCCAUGUUCGGGUUCGUCGUGGUCAAGCUACGGAUAGCCAUAGUUUGGCAGAGAGAGCAAGGAGAGAGAAAAUUAAUGCUCGUAUGAAGCUGCUGCAAGAGCUGGUCCCCGGCUGCAAUAAGAUAUCGGGUACAGCAUUGGUGCUGGAUGAAAUCAUCAACCAUGUGCAAAGCCUACAACGCCAAGUGGAGUUCUUAUCAAUGAGACUUGCCACUGUGAACCCAAGAGUUGAUUUCAACCUGGAUAAUAUAUUGGCUGCAGAAAGUGGAUCUCUAAUGGAUAGCAACUUCCCCAGCAUGGUAAUGCCUAUGAUGUGGCCAGAAGUCCCAGUCAGCGGAAAUAGGCAACAGUAUCAGCAACAGCAAUGGCAUUUUGAUGCAUUUCACCAGCCAGUUUGGGGAAGAGAAGAGGAAAACCACCAUAACUUCACUACUCCAGAGAACUCACUUUUGAGUUAUGACUCCUCCGCAAAUUCAGCGACUUUGCACUCGAGUCAAUUGAAAAUGGAGCUGUGAAGGCAGACCGGAGUUCAACUGGUGGUGGUUUUUACUGUAUAUAUGAAAUAUAAUAUUAGCAGGUAGCAGGUACUUAGAGGAAGGCCUCACCAUUUAUCUGGGGUUCCCAUGUCUAAUCACCAGAGUCCCCCUUGAUUUCACUCAACCUGAUAAGAGAAGUUCCCCAUGUCAUUCUUAUAUAUAUGAAACAUAUAUAUAUAGAUCUUACUAUAUAUGCUAACUUUCAGAAUCAUUCAAUCUAAUUCCUUCCA